UAUAUCAAUAUGAAACAUUAAUUGUUGUUAGAUUGUUAGCUACCGAUAAGGAUCUGAACGAACACGAGAAACAUCAAAUUCCUCACACAUUUCAACGCACUCACGAUAACCAACUACAAUAUCAAUUUUUUAAGUUGAUUUUGAUUCGAAUAAAAGAACACAAUUUUGUUAUUUUGUUUCAUAUAAAAGAAUCAUCUUCUUUGAGUUUGAAUUCAGAGCAAGUCAUACCAGGUUCAUUGUGUCAUUAUAGCUGCGAAGAAGACCAAUAAGGAUCCUCCUAUCGAUAUCAUGAAAAAUUUUAUUUGGACCGUUUUGGCUGUGGUCGUUAUAACCACAAGCUCCACUUUUGCUGAAAUUAAUGUUUGCGAAGGAGUCAAGGAUGGGAUAUUCUUAGCGGACAUGGAAGAUUGUGGUAAGUAUAUAACUUGUAUGGGAGGAAAGGCCUACCCCGGAAGCUGCUCAGAUGGUUUUCAAUUCAGCGCAAGGACACAGCGUUGUGAUGAGCCCGAAAAAACUGAAUGCCUUCCCAAGUGUAACAACACCCUACAGUUCAUGCCCUACCCAAAAACUUGCAAUAAAUAUAUUUUAUGUUUUGCUGGAGCGUCUGUAUUGCAACAGUGUAGCAGAAAUUUACAAUACAAUCCAGAAACCAACCGUUGCGAUUUUCCCAAAUAUGUAGAUUGUGUUGAAAACAUGUGCAAUAAUAAUAAUGAUCCUUACAAUAUAGACUUUGUUGAAAGUAAGGCUGAUUGCGGAAGGUUUUAUAUUUGCUACAAUAGUGUUCCUAUGCUUGAAACAUGUGCUUCUGGAUUAUACUUCAAUCCUAAGUUGAACAGUUGUGAUUAUAAGGAAAAUGUAAACUGCACAAUCUCAGCAAAAUCUCGUAAUGUAUUGCCAUAUGCUAAGAUGCCACCAACUAAGGCCAAUAUUCCAUGCCCAAAGCAAGGUGUUCAUUUCUAUCCAAAUCCAAGUGAUCCAGCAGCAUAUUUCUUCUGUUCAAACGGCAAAGGUCUAGUAUUGACUUGUUCACCUGGUUUGGUAUACAAUAAGAAAUUGCAAACAUGCACUGAAUCAAAAAAUGUCAAAUAAUAUAUGUUCCUUUG